AUGCUCUCACGUGCUGCUGCAGUGAAGGCACCCCGCACACACAACCGUCGCUGCGUGACCGGAUCCAGCGGAAGGAGGAGGGAAGGAGGAGAGAGUGAGCCGCAGAGGCCCAAAAUGUCCCGGCGUGUGUUUACUUCGGCGCUGCUGCUGCUCCUCGUCGUGAUGAUGUGCUGCGGCACUGGCGGAGCUGCGACCGCUGUGGGUCAAGAGUCAGGUCAGGGAUCUCAACCAGGGAAAUUGUUUGCUUGGAGAGAUGUGAAAGAAGGAGAAACAGUGAGUUGGCUUCGUGGUCCCAGCCUUGUUGAGGUGAAUGGAGAGGUGUUUGCCGUUGCCGAGGCGAAGUGCGAGAAGCAGGACGAAGGCCGUUUUACUGGGAUUGCCUCGAAGCUCCUGACGUUGACUGGUGAACAAGCAAAAGAAGAUUUGCUUACGGCUCAAGUGAAGACACAAGUGCUGGAGGAAUGUCCUUCCAAAAAAAAUAAUUGUGCUUCCCAAGAAGCUGCCCGAGCAGGUUCCCGAAGAGUAUCGGGAGUACGUGUGAGCCGGCCAACAACAGUUGUGCAUGGAACUGAUAUUUACAUGCUUGCUGGAAUCUACGGCCUUAAAGGUGCCGCUGGUACUGGGAAGAAUAGAACAGAGGAGGUGGGGCUUUUGCUGGCGAGAGGGAACAUCAGUGUUGAUGAUGGCCGUAACAAAACAAUUCAUUGGACUGAUAUUGACACUCUCCCGGUAAUUUCCAAUAUCCAACGAAAUAAAUCUUUGAGUGUGCCGUCUGGCGGCGGUGGAUCGGGCGUUAAGAUGGAGGACGGUACUCUUGUGUUCCCUAUGGAAGGAAAAAAAGUGAGGACGGGGGAGUCGAAUGGCACAGAUGCAGCUGGGGGGAGAAACACCGUUUCUCUGUUCAUAUACUCCCCGGAUAAUAAGAGUUGGAAGCUGUCAAAGGAGAUUUCUGCCGAUGACUGCAGUGAUCCCUCCGUUGUGGAGUGGGAGAAGGACAAACUCAUGAUGAUGACUGCGUGUGAUGAUGGCCGCCGCAGGGUGUACGAGUCCGGUGACAAGGGGGAUUCGUGGACGGAGGCAAUCGGGACACUCUCGCGCGUGUGGGGCAACAACCACAAGGGACAUGAGAGGCGCGUUAGAAGCGGGUUCACCACAGCGACGAUUGGCGAUAACAGGGACGUGAUGCUCGUUACUCUGCCGGUGUAUUCAAAGGAGGAAGACAAUUCAAAGGGCGUACUCCAUCUUUGGCUGACGGACAAUACGCACAUUGUUGAUAUUGGGCUGGUGUCCGGGAACGAUGAUGACGUUGCCGCCAGCACCCUGCUGUACAAAAGUGUUGAAAGUGGAGAUCAAGGAAAUAAAGAGGAGAAGUUGAUUGCACUGUACGAGAAGAAGAAGGGGGCCGAAGGGAAGACACCAUCACCCGGUAUGGUCUCUGUGCGUCUGACUGAGCAGUUGAAGCGGGUGAAGGAGGUGCUGGCGACCUGGAAGGAAGUGGACGAACGUGUCUCCAAGCUGUGCGCCACUUUACUUGCACAGGUUACCUCAACUGACAAUGCCUGCAGCGCUGGUAAGAUCACGGAUGGGCUGGUUGGCUUUUUGUCCGGCAGCUUCUCUGAUAACACAUGGAGGGACGAGUACCUCGGGGUGAACGCCACAGUAAAGAGCGGUAUUGGUGCGGAUAAUGGCGUGACGUUCACGGGGCGUGGUGCAGGGGCGGAGUGGCCUGUUGGCAGGCAGGGGGAGAAUCAGCUGUACCACUUUGCGAACCACAAAUUCACUCUUGUGGCGACGGUGUCCAUCCACGGUUUGCCAAAGGACGGAGAUACCUCCAUUCCAUUGAUGGGUGCGAAGGUGAACGAUGGCGCUAAGAAUACUGUACUCCUGGGACUGUCGUACAACAGAGAAAAGAGGUGGGAAUUGUUGCACAGUGGCGAAAAGACGUCGGAGCCCAGCAGGACUUGGGAGCCGGGGACAACGUACCAAGUGGCCAUUGUGCUACAGAACGGCAACCAGGGCUCCGUUUACGUCGAUGGUCAGCGUGUGUGUGAGAGUGUGCAAAUUAAGUGGGAAAAUACGGAUUCGAAAGGGAUCUCACACUUCUUCAUUGGAGGGGAUGGAGGCAGCGCAGAGAACACAGGGGGUGACGAAGGUGUAUCUGUGACUGUGAGGAACGUCCUGCUGUACAACCGUCCGUUGAGCUCCGAAGAGAUUGCAGGGCUUGCCAAAAUUAAUAUUCCAAAGUCAGUGGCUGCGCGUGCUUCUUCACCAGCUGUGUCUCGCCCGAAGAGCUCUUCUGAAUCCUUGGCGGGAGGAGCAACGGGUGUCGGUACCGCUCGUCACUUUGGGGCAAAUGGUGAUGGCAGCACUGUUUGCGGAAGCGGACUGCUGCCGCUGAUCCUUCUGUUGGGACUGUGGGGGUUUGCGGCUCUGUGA